AGUCAUGGCAUUCUAAAAGAUGCGUUCUGUUUGGUCGGCUGCUCCCCGGAGCGAGCUCCCCAACGGCGGCCACGCCGACGACGCAGCGCCACCAUCCCCCUGUCCCUAGCCCGGCCGCCAGGGCCGCGAUGCAUCGAUGCGGCGCGCGGGUCCCUGCUCGCAGCCGGCGGAGAGAGCGCGCGGAGCACUGCUCGUGACGGCCGGCCUCACAGUCGCAGAGUCGGAUCCGGGCGAUUCGAAUGUGCGGAUUCUUUGCGUGGAUCAGGCGUGAUUCGAACUCUCUCCUCAAGCUGCAAUCGAUUCGAGUCCGGCUACGGAGUUCGUUGUCGUUGCCGUUGCCGUGCAGGUUUGUGCGUAGAAUGUUGCGCGUCUACCACUUAGUCUCGAGGGAUUAACAGCAGCAAUACGAGGCAGGCAAAAACACGCACACUUCGAGCCUUCUCUUCUCAUAUCUCCGGCAGCACGUCCUGCUCUGUCCUGUCCUGUCCACCAUGACCAUGGCCGGCCGGCUCGCGUUCUCCAGGGCUGCCAAGCAUGUUGUGGUUGUGGCUGGGGCGACGCGUUCAUUUCCUCCCUUCAGGGCACCUGCUGCAAAUGCACCUUCUGGAGCAGGCAGUCUGCUUAGGAAUAUACAGCAGAGGUACCUAUCAAGCUUUGUUGGUCAGAGGGUACGGUGCGUGCACUAUGGCGUCGCUUCUCUUUCUAAAGAGAAUCAUAGAACUGAUCCAGAAAGAGUUAUGCAGAAUUUCAAAAUGCUAAAUAGAGGAAUUUCAGGUGCAGCAAGGGAGGAAGGACAUGUUCUCAGUACAGCCAGUGCGCCCUUUUAUUUAGUAGAUAAAGACCUACUUAAAAGGCAGCUUCUGCGUACCUGUGGAGGCCUCGUAGUCUCUGGCUUUACAAUCUAUGGUGUUAAGGUUUUGAUUGACAGUUACAUUAAGGCUGUCAAAGAUAGUUACACGAAGUUUGUGGCUGUAAGUGUCGACAACACAGAACUUGACGACACGGAAGAAGAUGCCACGGAUUUAAGCACAAAAUUCAAUGAUGUAAAGGGGGUUGACGAAGCCAAAGCUGAACUCGAGGACAUAGUUUACUACCUACGAGAUCCCGACCAUUUCACACGCCUUGGUGGCAAGCUUCCGAAGGGUGUUUUACUUAUAGGCCCACCCGGCACAGGGAAGACCAUGUUGGCAAGGGCUAUGGCUGGGGAAGCUGGCGUCCCUUUCUUUGCGUGUAGCGGCAGUGAUUUCGAGGAGGUGUAUGUAGGUCUUGGGGCUAAGAGAGUGCGGGAGAUCUUUGAUUCAGCAAAGCAGCUGUCUCCUUGCAUAAUAUUCAUCGAUGAAAUUGAUGCGAUUGGUGGGCGCAGACACGCAGGAGGUUCGACGUUGGCAAGUCAGACCCUGAACCAGCUGCUUUCUGAGAUGGAUGGUUUCGAGCAGAAUGACGGGAUAAUUGUGGUUGCAGCAACCAACUUCCCCGAGUCAUUAGACAGCGCCCUUGUCAGGCCUGGGCGUUUUGACCGUCAAGUCAUUGUCCCUAUUCCAGAUGUUGAGGGCCGACGGCAGAUCCUUGAGGCUUACAUGUCAAAGGUGUCUACAGCCAAGGGUGUGGAUGUGAUGACCAUCGCGAGGGGGACGCCUGGGUUCUCAGGUGCACACCUUGCAAGCCUAGUGAACGAUGCCGCCCUCAAAGCUUCCAUGGAUGGAGCAAAUGCUGUUGGGAUGGAUCACUUUGAGUACGCCAAGGACAGGAUCAUGAUGGGCAGUGAGCGCAAGUCGAUGGUGAUAUCUGAUCAAUACAGGAAGAUGAUCGCAUACCAUGAGGGUGGGCAUGCCCUUGUUGCUAUCCUCACGGACGAUGCCGACCCUGUUCACAAGGCCACCAUUAUGCCUAGGGGAUAUACUCUUGGCAUGGUGGCGCAGCUGCCGGGGGAAGACAGCGAGCUCGAAGUCUCGAGGAAGCAGAUGCUGGCGAAUUUAGAUGUCUGCAUGGGAGGGCGGGUGGCCCAGGAGCUUAUAUUUGGAGAAGCAGGGGUUGGCACAGGUGCCUUGUCUGAUCUUAGACAGGCAACUCAGCUGGCGACAAAGAUGGUUACCAGGUAUGGAAUGAGCAAGCGGGUCGGCCUUGUUACCUAUAGCAAUGACGACGAUGUUGGCGGUGGCAAGACGAAGAACAUGAGCGGACGAACGUCAGAACUGGUUGAUGAGGAGGUGAAAGCACUGUUGGACAACGCUUACAAGAAUGCCAAAACGCUUCUCACGAAGCACAACAAGGAGCUCCAUGCGCUGGCAAAUGCCCUCCUGGAGCAUGAAACUCUCAGUGUUGACGCGAUCAAGAAACUAGUUUCGACAGCACGACAAGGGGAUUGUCCUAGCAGUAGCCAGCAAAAUCAGGGAACACCUCCUUGUGACGAGAUCUCGAAACUAGUAUCGACUGAACAACAAGAAGAUGGUCAUAACAAUAGCAAACAGGAUCAGGUAACACCUUCUCCCACUGGUAACGAGUUCAAGGAAUCAGCAGGUAGAUGAUCCUAACAAUGGUCAGCAGAAUCAGGGAACACCCUCUCCACCCUAGCCUUGGAGACACUUAUACAGGAAGAAAUAUUUCUUUGCCUGAUAGAUACUACAGAGCAAUGCGUAUUUUCAUCUGGCAUUUGUUUCUCAAGUCUGAAGAGAAUGCGACGUGUUUUGUACUUCUGCAUACUGUGUUCUGAACCAGCAAAACCUCCAGUCUUGUGCAUCAAACAUGAAUGUGCCCCAAGAUUUCUAUUCAGCAGUGUGUAAAUACAAUUUAAUACAUUUCCCCCCAGCUGCAAAACAUAAUAAAAAUACCAUAGGUCCUUUGAUAAA